AUGAGCGUGGCGGGGAAGCAGCCACUUCCAGCACCGCUCGAGCGCCCCGGCAGUCUCCUCGUUCCCACCUGGACUAAAACUGGUAUUGCAUUGUUAUAUGAUGAAGUAUCCGAAAAUGCUUAUGACAUCCGACUGAAGCUUAUGAAAGAGGUAUUAAUAAUUCAAAAACAAGAUGUCGUCUGUGUUAGUGGAAGUGAUCACAGUACAAAUCACAGAACUGUUACACUUCAUAGACAACCAGUUGGUGGCUUGGGCUUAAGCAUAAAGGGUGGUGCUGAGCACAAAGUGCCUGUCGUCAUAUCAAAAAUAUUUAAAGACCAAGCAGCUGACCAAACAGGAAUGUUAUUUAUAGGAGAUGCAAUAAUACAGGUUAAUGGUAUAAAUGUAGAAAGUGCUACCCAUGAAGAAGUGGUACACCUAUUGCGAAAUGCUGGCGAUGAAGUUACCAUCACUGUUCAGUACCUCAGGGAAGCUCCAUCAUUUUUAAAGCUCCCAUUAGGUUCCCCUGGACCAUCCAGUGAUCACAGCAGUGGAGCUUCAUCACCUCUGUUUGACAGUGGCUUACAUUUAAACGGAAACUCAACUAACACUGCUCCAUCAUCACCUUCUUCACCCAUAGCUAAUGAACCAAAAUAUGAGAAGCGCUGGCUAGACACCUUAUCAGUUCCUCUGUCAAUGGCUCGAAUCUCAAGGUACAAAACUGGAACAGAUAAAUUAAGAUCUAAUGCAUUUGAAGUGCUGGCACUCGAUGGAGUUAGUACUGGGAUACUUCAGUUUUAUACAGCCCAGGAGAGUGCUGACUGGCUGAGAGCAAUGUCAACUAACAUCAGUGAUUUGACACUUCAAAAUAUGAAAAUGGCAAAUAAAUGCUGUUCUCCCUCAGACCAGGUCAUACAUAUGGGAUGGGUAAAUGAAAGACUUGAAGGAAUUGAUUCAUCUCAACUCUACAAAUUUAAGUUUCUAGCACUGAAGGGUUCAUCCUUCUAUAUUUUCAGCACUCCACCGGUAAGCACACUAGACUGGGUACGCGCUGAAAAAAUCUAUAACCUCUGUGAGGUUCUAUUUAAAAUUCACAAGCUCUGGCUUGCUGAUGACUGCUGGCUACAAGCAAACUUGUAUUUAGGUAUUCAUCAGGACUUUGAUCUUGAAGACCAGAGGCCGUAUUGUUUCAGUGUUAUGGUUGGACAUGGCAAGAGUCAUUAUUUCAAUGUGGAGCUGGGCAGUGAAUUGGCAGUAUGGGAGAAAUCAUUUCAACGAGCGAUUUUCUUGGAAGUUCAAAGAACAGGGUCUAAAACAUAUAUGUGCAGUUGGCAAGGGGAUAGCCUGUGUUUCACAGUCGACUUUGCUCUGGGAUUUACCUGUUUUGACAGUAAAACAAAGAAUGUGCUGUGGAGGUUUAAAUUCUCUCAGCUCAAAGGAUCUUCAGAUGAUGGGAAAACAAAAGUAAAGCUGCUGUUUCAGAAUCUAGACACCAAACAAAUUGAGACAAAGGAGCUUGAAUUUCAGGAUCUGACAGCAGUUUUACACUGUAUUCACUCCUUUAUAGCAGCAAAAGUGGCAUCUGUGGAUCCAGUAUUUAUAGACAGUCAGAGUAUUGCAAGAAAAUAUAUGUACACUAACUGA